AUGGAGUACAUGUCCAGCCUGCAGAAUGAAUUCGACGAGCUGAAGCCGUCUCUUUUCGACGAACAGCUAGCUAAUCAUUCCAUUCCUCUCCCAGAGCUCCUCGCUGAGCAGCAGCUUUCUGCUCUCCUUCCGCCUUCAAUCCGCUACCUGCUUGCCGUUGCCACGCACCGGCACCCGCGGUACCUGCUCCGCGUGCUGAACUCCUUCGAUGAGCUGUACGCGCUGCUGUCGCUCAUCGUCGAACGAUACUACCUGCGCACGUUCGGCGGCUCCUUUACGGAGAACUUCUACUCGCUCAAGCGAGAACGCGUGCUGCUGACCAAAAAUGGCGAGGUGCCCCGGGCGCAGAUGGGCGCGCCUGGCCCCGUCCGGGAAACUCUGAAGCUGCGGACGGUCGACGUGUGGAAGAACCUCGCCGUCAUGGUCGGGCUGCCCUAUCUGAAGCGCAAACUCGACGAGGGCUACGAGAUCCAUGCUGUGCCGCAGGCCUCGUUGCUUACGAGUGGUGGCAGCGGUGGACCGCGAUACAAUCCCAGCGACGACCUUCCUCCGAAUCCCUCGUUCCGGCAGCGAUUGCUGUACUACUACAAAUGGUUCCUCCGGAACGUGUACCCGUCCGUGAACGCGGCGUACUACUUUUCGAUCCUGGCGUUCAAUCUGGCUUAUCUGUUCGACAAUACCAAGUAUUCGUCUCCGUUCUUGUGGCUCAUCGGCACGCGGAUCCGGCGGCUGGGACCUGCUGACCACCGCGCGAUUGCGAUGGCUACGCAGCCGAAACCAAGCAGCAGCGUCGCACGCUCGCGGCCGGGAUCGGGCCUCCUGGGUCUGUUGAGCCCGCAGAAUCUCUACCCACAGCUCCUCUCGUCGCUGCGGUUCCUGCUCCCGGCGUCGAUCUUCGCACUCAAGUUCCUCGAAUGGUGGCACGCGAGCGAUUUCUCGCGGCAACUCGCUCGCAAAGCCACCGAGGCGCUCGAUCUCCCGGCACCAGUAGUCUCCGGCAUGACCGAUCCGUCCAACAAGAAGAAAUCGCAGCCGUCUCCUCCGUCGUCGUCGUCGACGACGGCAAACCUAAAACCAAUCAUGAAAUCGUCCGCUCGUCGCCGCCAACCGCCCAUCUCGUCGACCUCUCUGCUUCCCAUCUUCACUGUGCCUUUACCCCAGGCGGACUCGGGCAAUGAGAACGCAUGCCCGAUCUGCCUCAAUCCGCUCGUCAACCCAACAGCGUGCCAGACGGGCUACGUGUUUUGCUACAGCUGCAUCUUCCGGUGGUUAAACGGGGAGCACGAGCGACAGAUCGAUUUCAUGAACGGCGAAGGCGGCGGCGCAGCCUGGGAGGACGAGUACGGAGAUGACGACAAUAAUGAUAAUGAUGAUGGCGACGCCAGACGUGCCAAAACCGCAGACAGCGAAAAGCAGACAGCUUCUGCUGCUGUCGCUGGUAACGGGAAGAGCAAGAGCAGAGAAGGGAAAUGGGAGAGCGGCAAGGGGAGAUGCCCGAUAACCGGACGGAGAGUGCUAGGAGGAACGGAGGGUCUUCGAAGAGUACUAGUGUAG